CAAAAACCCUCGUAUUUGUAUAGGUACCUACGUACCUAAUUCGGUCAUACAUAGUCAGAAAGGAAGAGCCUCACUCCUUCUCUAUCGACUUUCUUAAAGUGGAGUAUGUGUACAUACAUACGAAAGAAUUAUAAGAGUGGCGAAAGAGCUUGGUGGUCGACGGUCUUCCCUCAUAGAUGGUCAUUACACAUUUACCUUAUUUAUUUCAUCGCCUAUUCUUCUAACCCUCAAUUUUAUUCGAAAAGUUCAUUCUCACAGACGUCAGAAUCCAGUCACGUCAGAAAACGAAGAUAGACGUCAGAUACUUGGUAUUACUGGUAUUUACCAAUAGUUACCCGACGUUCCGAAAACAACAAACAUGGCCAGUUUCUCGUGUUUUCGCAUUAUUGAACAGUUGUGAUCUUAGACAGAUGUGGCGGUGGGUGGCUUUAGGCGUUCUUUGGGGUUCAGUGUGGAGUCAGUUCUUCGACUGCCACGACGACCCCAGCUAUGACCCCGAAGAAGGCCAGAUCACAGAGCUGCAAUACUCUUGGUUAGGCGCCUUGCAGUACAUACAUGUCAAAAACGGGACCCCCCACUACUUCAGGGUGCCACGUGUGGUCCUGAUUAGUCGGCAGUUUGUGUUAAGCACGGCUGUGGAUGCUGCUGUAGUUCCACAUGGAUAUGCUUUAGGAAACGUGAUCUUCGGCGAUUAUGAGCGAGAUGAAGUGGAAUGUGAAACUACAGUCCAAGCCCUCGCCAACAUGAACGCGGAGUGCGAACCAGCCAUCCUGCUGAUGCCAGUAGCUGAUGUGCUGAUCCAUCCGGAGUUUAAGCACUUUGGAGCCAGGAGCAGCGUGGCGUUGCUCAAGCUUAUCACCACUGUUAAAUCUAGAUACGUGUUGCCGGUGUGCCUGCCCUUCAGGAACUUCCUCGAGCGCAGCAACGGCAAGCAGAUGGAAGAAAGGCUUUACCACAUUGACUUUGCCAGUGAUGUCCCCCGAGAUUUUGUAGAGGAAGAGAAAGAAGUCCUCAGGAUCAGCCUGCUACCACGAGAGCUCUGCUAUAUAUACGACUUGCCAGAAAACAACACGCGGCUGAAGAAGGAGCGCAUUACCUGCACGACUGGCUGCGGGUUCCGUUCGGGCGCCCCGAGCCUGGUUCACGAGCACACUGGGCAUUGGUCCGUUGUCGCUCUCGCACAUGGCGGAACACCCUGCCCCGACCCGCUGCGGUCCCAUCGGCCACCAGCUCCUCCUCGACACACAGUGCUGUACCCCUACGUUCCCUGGAUAACAGCCGCCAUUACUGGCAAGCCCCUGGGUGCUUUCUCCAAAGAUGAUCCAUUUGGGUACGUGAUGCCCCGCGCGUCCCCCUACGAUCAAGUCGGUCACGCCUGGGUGGGCCAUUGGUGGAUGGGGGGCGUACGAUGUUAUGACAGAGGAGAUGCGGCCUUAGACAUCUUCAGGUUUUAUCAGGAGAUCUUCAGGGUCAAGCCUGUUGCGCUGUCCAGGGUCAAUUAUCAUUUAGAGAUCGUGUCCCCCAGGGAAACGAUCAUUAUCUGCGUGAAGGUCGGCAUGCCGUUCCAGAUCGGUCAACCCCAGGUCUACGAUUUAGACUCGCCUGAGGUUUCGGUGGACAUUCCCCUGCUGCAGUUCAAACACCAGUACAGCUUCGAGGUGGAGGCCUGGGGCUACAACCACACCGAGUCCCAGUCUUCCGACAGCCAGGCCGACGAUUCAGAUUAUCAAGAUUAACAAUGUUGUAUAUCAAUAAAUAAAAAUAUUCUGGAUCAAA